AUGAGCAAGAAUUCUGUGAUUGAUUUUGGGCCUGGAGAAAAUCAUAUUGCAUUACGUUUUCCUCACAAAUGUUAUUAUGUUCCUGAGGUAUUUCAUUUAUCUCCAUACUUCUCCGAAACAAUACCCUUGUUCAUUAGCGAUAUCAACAAUAGUCCCUCUUUCAAAGAAAUAUAUGGGCUUCAAGGAUCUACUUAUGAAAAUCUUUUAAUCAUUAACAAUUAUCCAAUAAGGUCAUUUAAAAUUUAUGGUAAAGUCAUUGGUGAAUUGUAUAAAAAUUUUGACGAAGGCGGCAAACAGAACCCAAAAAACUACAUAAAGAUCACAGUUGAUGAUUUCUCGAGUGCUAUUCACUCUACUGUAACGGUUAAUGUUCUGGAAUCAUUAUAUCUAACAUCUGGAUUGACCUUUAAUGACUCGUAUGGUAAAAUUAUAGAAGUACGAGGGUAUAUCACAAAUAUUCACGCGUCAAGAUAUAUCAUUUGUGAAUUCCUUAAUGUAAUAGGCGAGAAUGACGAUCUAGAUAUAGAAAUUGGUUGUUGGAGAAAUAUUCUUAAGUUUAGAAAUGAGAAACUAAUUAGUCCCUGGGUUUAUAUUCCUUCUUUUGUACCAUCGCCUCAACCAUUACCCACCUCAAUCCUUUCUAAAGCGGACCAAAAACUGAAAAGCUUGCGGCAGAGCUUGCAGCUAACGUCAUUUGCGGUUGAUCAGAGUAUCUUUCUUCCGGAAGACAGUUUGAUUGUCGCAGGAAAUAGAUAUGAUCGACUAGAGUCUGACUCUGAGGUCGAUUCUAGCAUCCAAAUCAUAGAUAUAAAAGAUUCUCCUCUCCAAGUUAUUACAGAAUUCCAGUUGUCAAUUGAGUUUAUAACUUGGGUAAUAAAAAAUAGUUUCAAGACUUUCAAAUUAGCCGACAUCUACCGAGAUGCUACAAUUAGUGGUUUGUUGAAUAAUUUAACUAAUGUCAAGUUGAUGUCUCUCAAUGUUCAGCAGAAUGAACAAUGUUUUCUAGAUCUAAAAAAAGAACUAUUUCAUUCUAUCAGACAUGAGCUACAGGUGGAUUUCAAGUUAAUUUCUGUCACGAAGUCUCAGAUGGUUAGACUGAAUAACUUACAAAUGUUGUACAAUCAUUUAAGAAAAUGCCUCCUCCUAAUCAAAACGGCAAAAGAAUCCAAUAAUUCUGACAAAAUCCUUAACAUACAUAAUUAUUUGUCGAAUCUACGAUUCGAUGACUUCGUUGGUGCCAACGUGAACUAUAAAUUAGUCAAUUCAAUUGUCGAUUAUAUCAUUAGUAAUGAUCUCAAUGAGGAAAAAUUCUGGCGAUAUGAUUCCAGAUCUAUUCAAUGGCUUUAUAGUGGUAUAGCAUAG